CCGCCACCGCUUUGCGGCAAAGCCGUAAAAGGCGGCACCGCCCUUCAGCCGGGCGGGCGGGGCAGGCAUCAGAGGAAGCCCAAUUGCAAGCUGAAAAAGAAGAAGAAGCAAGGCUUGAAAAGGAGAGGAUUAGGAUGGAAAUGCUCAAGGCAAAAGAUGAAGAACGAAGGGAGUCUGAACUAGCAAAACUUCAUUCACUGCAGCAGAAGUUUUUGUCUGCACAGCAGUGGAAAACAGAUUGUAGAGCACAGGCAAAGUGGGAGCAUUACCUCAGUUGUGAUGGAAGUCCUGACCCAACUGUGCUGCCAGAAAUAAAUACUUUCAUGAGCUUAUGGCGUGAUGAUCAAAAUGAGGACAUUCAGCUUGUGAUGAAGAAAGGGGAACAGGUGCUAAAUUUAAUUGAGAAGUUGCAGUUUAUUUUAUUGGACACACCACCCAGUGAGAUAACAGAAAAAGAAACAGCCCAGUACCAGGAAUCUAUUCUGGAAUUGGAGAAUCUGCUUCAUCAAAAGUACAAUGAAGCAACAGAACAACUGCUUAAAACAGCUAAUACGUAUGAAGAUUCUUACACUGGAAAUAUGCAGGCAGUCAUAAAAGACAAAAAUGUUACUUUCUGCAUUUGGGGCAAUCUGAAGAAGAAAAUAAGGUUCAAAAAUCAUGUGUUUUGUGAUGUCCCGCAUGGAUUUGAUCUUCCAAAGUCACUGGCAAUGAGCAGCGUUGCUGUUCGAAUAUUGCAUACUCAUUAUGAUCAUGUAUCCCCACUCUGGCUGCAAUGUCAGAGUGUUCCAAAAUUGGAAGUCUUAGGUAGCAAAGAGUUAACUCCACCUUCAAAAGACAGUGUAGAAGAACCAGAAGAGGAGAAACAGACAGACAGAGAAGAGCUUGAGGUGCCCGUUGAACAAGACACGUAUUCUGACAGAAGGAAGAGUGCUACCUCAUUCAAAGAAAACAGCAAUAGCAUAACUAAUAUAAAUGAGACAACAGAGGAAGAGAUUAAGAAAUCAGGAAUCUUGGACAUAUCAGAAGUUCAGGAUCUAGCAAUGCAGGAGGAGACAGGUGAAAGAGAGGAGGCCAUACCUGAUGAAAACGUUGUUGAUUUGCAAGAGUUUAUACCUGUGGGUGGUGUGUACCACAUUGAUGCUCUGCACCUUCCACCUCAGGUCAAAGAAAUCAAGGACUGGAACAUGGUGGAGCUACUUGAUCCUGGACUGGAAGCAUACCCAUAUCCCCCAGAAGAGGCUGAAGAUGCUGCACACCCCCCAAUACAGAUAACCCUUAUGCUUGCUGACCAUGUGAUGUAUUUUGAGAAUCCUUUGAUAGCCCGAUGGGAUCCUGCAGGCCAACAGUGGAGAACUGAUGGCAUCAGCAACAUAAGGUAUGAAACACAGGAAAAGAAAGUCACCUUUGAGAUGGAUGCCUUUUACACUGUAGCCCUGCUCCAGGAUGCUCAUCUCAGCAUGCCUUAUUCCACAUGGGAAUUGCAACCUACUGGUACAGAUGAAGCACUACUUCUAGUUAAAACAAUCUUUGCAGAAGUUCAGAUACAAAUUAAGGGUAAUCAGUGUAUGUUGUCUUCAGUAGUGGCACAAGAGAAGCAUGUACUUUCCCACCUGACAGGAAAAUGGAUAAGUCCACUUGAGCUAAGAGCAGUUUUGAAAAAGGCUGGUGUGAAUAUUUUCCCAGAGGAGUAUUCUCACAAGUAUGUCCCUGUGCACAAGAAGUCUCCUACAGCAGAAAUUAGGGCAUAUCAAGAGAUGGCACUGCUUGCAUCUGCUUUUGCUUUUGCCCAGAGCAAGUGGAAUCUAGAAGCCAGUGAAGAGCAAGUAGUGUUCAAGGUAAGUGAGCAUCUUAAUGCAGAUGCUGUAAAGGACUGGGCUCUUUACCUGUUUGAUGGUCAGAAAGCACAAAAGCUCAAGAUCACUGAGUCCAGCGAAGAUUUUUCAGAGGACCUAGAAGAAGAUUCUGAAUUUCACUCCACACUUUACCAUAUGCUUAAAGACUUUGCCAGCCAAGAAGCAAUUGAUAAAGUGGAGACAGCUAGCUUCCUGUUCAUUGAUGCUGUGUAUCAGCUGCUCCUUGCCACAAGAGUUUUAACAUACUCUUAA